CUUUAUUGACUCAACUGGCUCGGCCAUCGCUUAAUCAGGAUCCUGGGAGUGAGAAUGCACCCUCCAAAUGCACCUCUUCGAUUUCUCAUGAUUGGCCCACAUGAAAAUGAUGGAGUGCUACCCCUCUUUGACCCUUAAACGCGUCUCCUACUUUGCAGACGUGAAGCUAGCCCCUCCAUCUAACAAUAAAAUAAAAAUAUUAUUCUCACCCCAGAGUGUGUUCUUGCUCUCGCAAAAAAUAAACUAAAAGCCGCUCGAAGAUAUCACCAACACCCCAUUCUAAAUUAAAUUACCUCAAAUCUAUCUCAGAGCUUCCUCCAAAAUGCCUCCUCCUUGCCAGAUCGCACGGAAGCGCAUCGCAGAACCUGUGAUUGGCGAGAACGGCUAUCAAGGUUUCCAACCAGGCAAGACAGAAGUCCUCCCUGCCGGCUGGAACGGUCACAAUGCCAAAGCUCUCAAAAGCCCAAUCCGUGUUGACCACGAUGUCUCCAUCGUCAUGCGAGACGGCUGCCGUCUCUACGUCGACAUCUAUCGCCCUGAAGGUACCACCGAGAAGAUCCCCGCCGUUCUCAGCUGGUCUUUCUAUGGCAAGAAGUACAGCGCUUUGGAGAUGCUGCCCAUGUGUGUGUGGAACUGCUGCGUACCUCGCUCAGAUCUUAGCGGCAUCGAGAAGUUUGAAGGCUUGGAUCCACAAGAGUGGUGUCCAAAAGGAUAUGCGAUUGUCAGUGUUGAUACCAGAGGCGCAGGAAACAGCGAUGGUGAGAUCUGUGUGAUGGGACAGCAGGAUGCCGAGGAUGGGUAUGAUGUUGUGGAAGCUAUUGCGAAGAUGGAGUGGUGCAAUGGAGCUGUUGGAAUGGCGGGGAAUUCGGCACUGGCUAUUUCUCAGUGGUUCAUUGCUGCACAGCAGCCGCCUUCGUUAAAAGCGAUUGCUCCAUGGGAAGGAUCUGGGGAUAUCUACCGAGAGCAGUUCUGUCGAGGGGGUUGGUUCUCCAUGAGUAACUUCGACUUGAUUGCCAAGGCGAUCGUGAGAGGACAGUCCCAUUCUGGGCUGGAGAACUUCGAGGAAAUGUAUCGCAGGUCCCCCGUGUCAAGUCCGUUCUGGGAAGACAAGAGGGUCGACAUGACGAAGAUCAAAUGCCCAGCAUUUAUCCGCGGGUCAGAUGUGAGCAGUAUUCACACCAUGGGCUCGAUUCGGGCAUGGUUGGAGCUUCCGCACAACGACAAAUGGAUCUGGUGGGGAAGUAAACAAGAAUGGUACGAACUGUACAGCAUACCUCACGCUAGAGAUGAACUUACCACAUUUUUCGAUUUCUAUCUGAAGGGCAAGAAGAACGACUGGCUCAAGACACCCAAAGUCCGCUGGUCUGCCCUACAAUUUGGCGACCGAGAAGCCAUCGACGACAUCCCACUCGAAGACUUCCCUGUUCCAGGGACGGAAUACCGAGAAUUUUUCAUGCAGAACAACAACAAGCUUCUCUCUCAACCUCAGCUUUCAGCAACGAAAGUAUCCUACGACUCAGAAAAACACACUUCCUUCGCCGAAUUUACAUAUACCUUCCCCACCAAAGCCCGACUCAUCGGUCUCCCCAAAGCGAUCCUCUACAUGUCCUGCCCCAACCGCGACGACUUCACGGUCUUCGUUAUACUCCGUAAAAAGGAUCGAAAUGGGAAAGAUCUCAUGCAUUUGAACUUCCCAUUCUCCGCUACGCCCAUCAAGUCCAUUGAUGAGAUACCCGAGAAGGACCAAGCGAGUCUGAACCUGCAUCUGGGAUCAACUGGUAUUCUGCGAGCAUCGCAUCGUGCAAUUGAUCCGAAAAAGAGUAUCCAUCCGCAAUUUCCAUUUCACCCACAUACAAAGCAAGAGAAAGUUCAGCCGGGGACGGUGGUGAGAUUGGAAAUUGGAAUCUGGGCGAUGGAUGUGGAUUUUGAUGAGGGGGAGUCGAUUAGUCUGAGAGUUGGUGGCCAGUUUCCCAGCUUAGCUGAGUAUAAGAGCUUUUCUGGUCCGAGACCAGAGCAUGAAUUGAACACAGGGCAGCACUUAAUACACUGUGGUGGAGAAUAUCCCAGCUCGGUCAUUUUGCCUUUCACCCCUGUCAAUUAGUCCAUUCCAUUGUUGCUUAGAAAAGACCAUUGUUUGCUAUAUUUAGUUGAAAAUUCGUGCCUAUGAUUGGAAAGUGAUCCGAAGACGAUGCCUAGGAGCUUGAUAAUGCCUAGCAAUUCCCAAGUAGAAUCUGCGCUCGGAUAAUCCCUCAAAACCAUUGGUGCCUUCCCAGAAACACCAAGGACCAUGUGCCCAAUUGCCUAAAGUCACG